AUGAAGCUCAGUGCGUGGCGCGAGGCAGUGUCCUACGGCGCGUACAUGCAGCCAAUUCACCUGCGAGUAGUUGGAUCUGAUGCGGAACACGAGUCUCCAUGCGCAGUCGACAAGAUGUCGUCUCAAUCGUCGCAGAACUCGCACCAGAUGAGUCCGAAGUCAGCAUCAGAGUUUUGUACGGAAACGUCAAGCUCUCCCCAGCCUCUAGAGACGUCAAAUGGACCCAUUGGUACUCAAGAAAUUGCUCAAGAGAUGGCUAAGACAAAGGGCGUUGUAGAGAUACCCCCUUUUACCAGCGAAAUCAUCAGUAACGACGAGCAGAUGGUUCUUAAUGUGGGAGGACCGGUAUGGGCUAUCGAUUGGCUGCCGUCCCUUCCAGCCGCCAAUGCUGAAGCUGUAGCUGCUGCUAUUGCUGAGUCGAAUUUGAAGAAACCAAAACGGCCGUCUGCGGCCAGUCAAGCUGGAUCGAAGAAGGCUUUGAAUGGCAACGAGAAGGAUAAAUCGAGGGUCACAGAGAGCGUCAAUGGAGAGAAGGCGUCAGGUUCUAGUGAUUCUACAGAAGUUGAGGGCGACGAAACGAUGAAGUGGCGAUUUCUCGCGUUGUCGACACAUCCGCCGUGCCUGGUUGAAGAUGGCAAAGUGGUGAAAUCCACGCCGCCAGACCAUUAUUACGACGUGCCGGAAGGCGGACGGAAUUUGAUCCAGAUCUGGGCCGUGCCGGUGCAACGACCUGUGGUUACGAAAGCAGGGAAAUUAUGGAGAACGGAGAUUGAUAAAAAGAAGAUGGUGAAGCCACGGAUAGUGUACGUGAUCGAUCAUGACAGUGGCGUCGCAUGGGACUUGCAGUGGUGUCCACUGGUGAAUAAGUUUCCCAAGUCCGAUCGGCGGAAACACAUCUUGGGCAUUUUGGCAGUGUGUUUUGGUGAUGGAAGUGUGAGAAUAUUCGAGAUCCCUGCGAUUCUGGAAGAGAGAUUACAGCCCAAGCCAGACACAGCAGCAGAUUGUGUUGUAGAAAAGAACGCUCCCAUUGUAGUGGCCACGGUGCCACACAUCAUGCAGUUAAGCGUGCAGUGGUCUCCGCAUUAUUGGAACAUGCUUUUGACGGGCGGCUCUGACGGUUCCGUGUCGCUAUGGAAUAUUUCAAGUGUUGUCCAGAAAAGUGAUUCGAUGGGAAGCGGACACGCCAACAAAGAGCCUUUAGAACCGCAACGACGUUUCCAAGAUGCCGACGCAAUUGGAAAGCAAGAAGCUCUUGACUGGGGCUGUGGUUGGGUAGCGGUCCGCGCUGUUGCGUGGUCACCGUUUGACGAGCAUAUCUUUGCCACCACCGGAAAUGACUCUGUGUUCAAAGUAUGGGAUAUCCGUGAGCCCCGUGCGUGCUUGCGAUCACAUCGAAUACGCUCUACUUGGGGACUUGCGCUCCAAUGGAUGGACCAGACUUCAAUUCAAAUCUCCGGUGAUCAGGGCUCAGUGUACAUGUACGACAUUCUGAGUGGUGGUUAUCAAAAGCUACACUUCCACCCGCAAAUUGAUUCACCUGUGUGGGACUUACAGCUCGCACGGCGCGGUACUGUGCCACUGCUUAUCUCGUCUUGCACAUCUGGCAGCAUCCGAGCUGCACCAGCCAAGAAGUUAUACCGUGCGCCCCAGAAUUGCGUGGAGAUAUGCCGCCUCUCCGGUGAAAAGGAUUCGAGCACUGAGAAGCCGUUCAAGUCGUUAACCGUGUCAUUCGUGAGGCAUACUGUCUUGAGUACUGCCGAUUCCACGGGUCAAAGUACGCGUGAAUUUUGUGAACGGGACGCGGCUCUGCACCGGCUUCGUUUAUCAUCCAGUACUGCAGGCGACUAUCCAUGCUUUCUGGCUGCCGGAGGCCAUGCUGGGCUUGUGAUUUUGUUUGAGCUACAGGAGGUGCUUGACACAUUGGUCACUACGUUCUUUUUUCCCGCUAAGAAGAUCAAUCGAUCCAAGAAGAUAUUUGCGUCAACGGGCAGUCAUCAUGCAGCGAAGAAGGAAGAGGAUGUGGCGGCUGGGGAUGAAACGAACGGGUUGACAGGUUCUGGGCGGAAAACAAGGACGCUUGGGAGUUUUGCCGAGGCUGGAGGUUUACAUGCAGCCUUGGGUAAGUGCAUGAAGAAGCCACUGACGUACAAUGGCAAAGGUAAAGCUAAGGCGAGGUCACGUGCCAAGGUGUCGAAGAAGAAACCAUUUAUUGACGAAGACGAUGAGGUGGAAGCGAAUGAGCUUGACCAAGAGGAGGAGGAGCCCGAGUUCAAAGAAGAAGACGAAGGCGACGACGAGUCUGAGCUGUCUCUUGUAAUGGGCGACAGCUCCGAUGAUGAUCGUAUCAGUGUGUCGGAUGAUGAUGAUGACGAUGAUGCUGCAGAAGAUGUGGAGACGAGUGCAACAAAUGAGGACCCAGAAGACGCUCGGUUGAUGAAAGAGUACCAGCUGAACUUGACAGAGGAGGAUGCCUACUUGCUUGCACUUCAAAUGUCAAGAGCUGAUGCUGCAUCAUCGGCUGGAGGUGUACCAGAGACAAGUGGUGGCACAACAGCCGCGCCGACGUCGCUAACCAGUAACGCUGGUGAAAGUAUCCCUGCCAAUCCGUUAGUACAGGAGAAGCUGCAGUAUACGACGUCGAGUGCAAAAGCUGCUAGGACAGCGAAAGCAAAGACAAAACCAUUAAAGACAGCGGGUAAAACUACAGCUGGGAUGAAGGUUAAACCUGUGCCCCCGAAGUCAGGAAAAGGAAAAAAGCGCGCAAGGCCUGCCAGCUUUACGCUCGAAACGAUGGCAGACCCAAGUGCCGCCAAAGAUGCAAGUGACGCCCAUCUUGCUGCGAACAAGAGUAGCAAAGUACAACUCGAUGGCGACCACGUUGGUAGAGCUUCUUCCCCUUCUGCUUCAGCCUUGACGGCGGAGAACCGGACACUCGUAACUGCGGAUGUCGAAUCGUCCGCAGCACCGGCAAAACCAAGUACGAAGCGGAAACCACCACCGAAAGCGCUUGCAAGAAGCAAAGUCACAAAAGUGAAGAGCAAGAAGGCGAGGCGUUCCGAAGCAACUGACCAGGCAAGAGCCUUGCAAGUGUUUGAAUACCAGUUGGGAGUGUGUGAGAAAGAUGCACUGAAGGAAGCGCUUCGGCUGUCCAUAUUGGAAGACAAGCAUCGCUCUUUGCAUGCGGAACAACUGGCUCCGCAGCUCCCACCUGAAGUGGCCAGCGGAGCAGUACCCACGCCGAUACAAUCCAAAGUAACGCCAGCUACUCCUCGGGCUAAGAAGUCUUCCCAGAAACCACAGAAAAAAGUGAAGGAACUCAACGACAAUGUGGAGUCGGCCGGCAAAGACGCAGACGAAGACGUGCAGCAUCAACGGCCGCAAACUCCACGUCGAUUGCAGUUUUCACCUCUGGACGACAGCAAAAGUAAGAACCGAGCGGACAUUGUAGCAGCUACCAUGGACCAAGGCGCUUCUGUAGCCGUAUCAGGUUCAUCCCAGGUUGAUGCAGCAUCUGCCACCGUCUCGCCGAAGCAGAAGCCAUCGACUACAGGAAGCUCAUUGGCAGUGACAUCAGCAAGUGUGGAAUCGCUCGAACAAAAGCCGUCAGCGAAGUCCUCCCAGGAUGACACGAAGACACCUAACAAGCCGGAAGGUACGAAACAAGCAGGGUCUACACGUGCUGCAGUCUCUACCACCACUCUGGCGGGCAAAGUGUCAGCUAGGCGUUCAAAAAAGAGCACCGGAGCAAGGAUAGCUGGUUCAGCAGCUCAAGAGUGCACAAAAACACCGGCAGCUCCGCGAAGUCGACGACGAAGCCGUACUGCUGCUGCCCCGAGUGAGUUUAUCCCGGAAGGAGGAGAUGCUCUUCUGCUAGCCUUGAAGAUGUCCGAAAUCGAGUACUAG